AAUACCAUCAAGAAACAUGCUUUCCUUGCUGCUACGGGCGCUUUAACAUAUUGGAAAAUGUCACAUUCAAAAUUUCGAGAGAUCGUACCACAUAUUAUCUCAUACAUCGAUUCGUUAUACGUUUAG